AUGAAUCCUGAACAAUUUAUGAAUGUGAGUGAGAAAAUCCAGUACUGGGGAUAUCCUUGUGAAGAAUAUGAAGUACUCACAUAUGAUGGGUACUAUCUGAGCCUCAGCAGAAUUCCAGGAGGUAAAAGAAAAUGGGAAUCAAAGGGAUCAAAGGGAGCUAUACUGCUGAUGCAUGGCCUGCUUUUGGAGGGCAGCGUUUGGGUAGCAAAUCUGCCCAAUAAUAGCUUGGGAUUCAUGCUAGCAGAUGCUGGAUAUGAUGUGUGGAUUGGAAAUAGUAGAGGCAACUCCUGGUCUAGAAGACACCAAUUCCUUACAAUUGAUCAACAGGAAUUUUGGGAUUUCAGUUUUCAUGAAAUGGGCAUUUUUGAUCUUUCAGCCAUGACAGACUUUAUUUUGAAAAAAAGUGGACAGGAAAAAAUCUAUUAUGUUGGUCAUUCUCAAGGAUGCACCAUAGGUUUUGUGGCAUUUUCUGUGGUGCCUCAGCUUGCUGAAAAAAUUAAGAUCUUUUUUGCCUUGGCACCUGCAUAUACAUUCAGAUACAGCAAAAGUCUACCUUUACAACUACUGUGGUUGCCAGCAGCAUUUCUGAAGAUUAUAUUUGGCACAAAAGAACUGUGUCUGUUGAGUCCAAGCCUGAAAGCGAGUGCGGCCCAAAAAUGCAGUUGCCAACUAGUGGAUGUGCUUUGCGAGCAAGCUCUCUUCCUUGUCAGUGGAUUUAAUGAAAAAAAUCUCAAUCAGAGCCGGGCUGAUGUGUAUAUAUCAAUAUUCCCAGAUUAUACAUCUGUAAAAAAUGGUAUCCACUGGAGUCAGUCAGCUAAAACAGGAGAAUUCAGAUUCUUUGACUAUGGCUCAAGAAAUAUAGAAAAAUACAAUCAGACCAUCCCUCCUCUGUAUAGGAUAGAAGAGAUCACGGUGCCGAUAGCAAUGUGGAGUGGAGGACAGGACUGGGUUUGCCAGCCAGAGGAAACCAUACAAUUAUUGUCUCGAAUCACUAAUCUCAUUCAUUACAAACAUUUUCCUGACUGGAUCCACUGGGACUUCAUUUGGGGACUAGACGCUGCUCAGCGCAUGUAUGUGGAAGUCCUUGGAUUGAUGGAGAAACACUUGUGA